AUGACGGCCCAGAUCGACCACCGCACCUACCCCCACAUCUUCAGCCGCAUCCUCGAGCACGUGACGACUGCCAAUGACCUCGCCACAAUGCGCGCGUUACGCGGGACUUGCAAGGACCUGGCCGCCGCGCUCAACCCUCUGCUGCAGCGCCACGUCGUCUUCAGCCUGACCGACACGCACAUCGUGCUGCGCUCUCAUGACGGCGGGGCAGUUCUCAUCCAGUCGCGCAACGAGCAUCAGCUCGCUCGUGCUCAAACCCACGAACCCACCAUGCGCAUUCUCCGCAAUAUCGAGACUGUCGAUUUCCACAACCAAGACUACUCCCCCACCAAGACUCGCGACCUCCAUGAACUUCUCUUCACCCCGGGCGCCCCCUCUCGCACUGCUCGCAUUCUUGCACCCCACAAUUCUGCACGUCGCCUUGUCGGCGGAGACUAUCCCAAGGUUGUCUCGUUCGUCAACCUUAGCCAUACCCGCUUCGCUUUGAUUGCCACCAACUUCAAGCCUCUCACUCUUGUCCGCGACGCGACUACCGCUGUCGUCAACAUCCGCGUCGAUAUCAACCUUCCAUUCCACGGUGGGAUCUUAAUGCCCUUCGCCGGACACGACCUUGCGAAGAUCGUGGUCGUUUUCGACGUUGCUCCACCUCUUCACAAGGUAUCGGACACUCGAGCGAAGGCAUUGCUCUUCGCUCUCAACAAGCUCUUCGAAUCGAUCGGAUCCUAUAUCGACGCUCAUUCUCGUAACUCCACCAACCAGUCGCCCCUCUUCACAUUCGUCGACCUCCACAAGGCGAUGUGGCAAGCCAAUCCCGACAGCAUGCUCGGCGACCUCAUGCAGCUCGGGGAUGAUGUGAUGCCGAUGCUCCUCAAGGGAUUCGGGUUUCCGACCAAUCACUUGCAGACUCCAUUUUGGCCUGGCGAAUUCCAGAGCCGCAUGGAUGGGGUGGUGCGCUUCCUCACGGGCGAGGAAUACAUGGCAGAGGUCGGCACCCAGGUGUUUAGCCUCGAAACUGUCAAGUAG